AUGAAAACUGGCAAACUAAAUGAUAAGUAUGUGGUAGAGUACGCAAAUGCCCAUAAGUACGGCACUAAUGAAAUUGCUUUAGACUGUCCUUUGAUCUUAGUAGACAAGAACUUUAUGAUUGACCUAAUCCCUGUCGAGAUUAGUAGCUUUGACGUUAUCGUGGGAAUGGAUUGGCUAUCCAAACACCACGCGACUAUUUGUUGUCACGAGAAAUUAGUUCAUAUACCGCUUCAGAACAGCGAGAUCUUGAUCGUACAAGGCGAUAAGUCCACGAACGAACAUAAAAUCGUCACAGCCAUGAAGUUCCAUGUCUUCCCUGACGACUUACCAGGUAUCCCACUUGUUAGACAAGUCGAGUUCAAUAUUGAUCUUGUUCCCGGUGUAGCACCAGUCGCUAAAGCACCAUAUCGUUUAGCUCCUCCUGAAAUGCAAGAACUGUCCAAUCAAUUACAAGAACUUUUGAGCAAAGGCUUUAUUCGUCCUAGUUCAUCCCCUUGGGGAGCACCGAUCUUGUUUGUUAAAAAGAAAGAUGAAGAGUUGUACGCUAAGUUCUCUAAGUGCGAGUUCUGGCUUCGCCAAGUACAGUUCCUCGGCCACGUCGUAAAUGAUCAAGGCAUUCAUGUCGACCCGGCCAAGAUUGAAGCCAUUAAGAAGUGGGAGGCCCCGAAAGCUGCUACUGAAGUUCGUAGUUUUCUCGGAUUAGCUGCUUUCCAAGAAGGCACCGAAGACUUUGUCGUGUACUGUGACGCUUCACAUCAAGGUUUAGGCUGUGUACUGAUGCAAAGAGGCAAAGUGAUCGCCUACGCAUCCAGACAACUCAAAGUGCAUGAAGAGAACUAUACCACCCACGAUUUAGAACUUGGAGCACUUGUUUUUGCCUUGAAGAUUUGGAGGCACUAUUUGUACGGAACUAAAUGUACUAUCUUUACCGAUCAUAAGAGCUUGCAACAUGUGUACAAUCAAAAAGAGUUGAACAUGAGACAAAGGCAUUGGGUGGAACUGCUAAGUGAUUACGAUUGUGAAAUCAAAUACCAUCCUGGAAAGGCGAAUGUGGAGGCAGAUCGUACAAACUUAAGACAACUUGUGAUCGAAGGCCAAGAGAUCGGCUUGAGAUCAAAAGACAGCAUAAAAGCAGAGCGGUUAGGCCCAAUUGCUCAAGAACUUGAAGUUGAUGAUGAAGGAGUCAGGAAGUUCAAGAACUGA